GCUGGAGAAUGGGAGGUCCUUCGGCUCAGCUGGUGAAAGGCCCCAGACGCUCUUAGGCUGCGGGUGAAGAUCCCCUUUCCGGACGCAGAAAGGAGGGGAGGCCCCAAGUAUGCCCGAGGCAAAUCAGUGAACUGCUCAGGGCCUCAGUUUUCUCAUCUGUAAAAUGGGGAACGUACUAGACCGCCUGCCUCGGUUCCAGGUGAAGUCCAGCUGGCGGGUCCUGGGGAGGGGGGAGAGAGAAUGGCAUCACCUGUCGGUUGGGGAGCACUGGUCUAGGCGCCUGGCGGGGAGGGCCCUAGAGAGGCCCAAAUAAGGGCUAGAGGCUCGCACUAGGGAGCCGGGGCAGCCCGUAGGCAGGGUGGAAUAAGAAUCUAGGGCCUGGGGCAUCUCCGGGGGCUGCUUCCCCGCUACGAUCCGCCCCGCCCCUUCCCCGCCUCCUGCCCCGCCCCCGCCCGCCCUCUCUCCCUUUACCCGGCUCGGGAGCCCCGCCGCCCAGAGAAGUUCCGAGCCGCUCCCGGGAAGCAGCGAUCGGGCGGGUGGACGAGCGGGCUGGCGAGGGAGCCGGCCCCGUCCGUGGGGACUGCGUGUCCUCGGGCCAUGGCCAGCUACGAGCUCGCCCUGAAGCUGCAGCGGAGGCUGAAGCUGGAGCAGGAGGCCGAGGGCGUCCCGAUCCCGCAGCAAAACGGCUUCGACGGGGUGCCCGCGCCGGCCUGGCCCUGCGGUUCCCCGAGCCCGGGAGACGAGCCGCCCGCCAAGGAGCUCACGGCCAACGCGGGCUCCGAGCUCAAGGAGCAGCUGAACCGGCGUCAGGGCAUCCACGAGGGAACGGCGCGGCCCCGGCCCAUCAAGGUCUUCAAGCCCUACACCGAGUUUCGCGAGUUCAGCCGCCGCCAGAUCAAGGACAUGGAGAGCCUCUUCCGACGGUAUGACUCUGGGAAGGAUGGCUACAUCGACCUGAUGGAACUGAAGCUGAUGAUGGAGAAGCUGGGGGCUCCCCAGACCCACCUGGGGCUAAAGGAAAUGAUCAGGGAGGUGGAUGAGGACCUCGACAGCAAGCUCAGCUUUCGGGAGUUUUUGCUGAUUUUCCGCAAAGCGGCCUCAGGGGAACUGGAGGAAGACAGCGGCUUGAUGUCCCUGGCCAAGCUCUCCGAGAUCGACGUGGCCAUGGAGGGUGUGAAAGGAGCCAAGAAUUUCUUCGAAGCCAAGGUCCAUGCCCUGUCCGUGACCAGCCGAUUUGAAGCCGAGAUCAAAGCAGAGCAGAAUGCCCGAAAGCAGGAGGAGGAGGACAGAAAACACCGGAGGGCUCUCUUCAGAGAACGCCAAGCCGCCUUCUCCCAGUAGCUCCCGCGAGCCCGAAUGUGCUCAGAGACUUGACUUCUACCAUCUGUGCCUUACAAGUUGGCCUGAAAGAAAUGGCCAGCACCUCGUCCCCCAAGGAGGACCCAUCUCUCACUGAAUGUCCCGUGUCCCCCGUGUGUCCCCAGCCCUGGUGGUCUUUCUUCUUGAGCUUCCUGUCUGUUGUGCCUGGAAGGGUAACUGGUAACUCUAAGACCUGAGGAAACAGUAGGAAGGUCAAAGUAAGGGAAGGGAAGAGAGAAUUCUGUAAAAAAAGGGAACAGUUCCCUUUCUUACCCAACCACUGCUCUACUAGCCAUUGAAUGCUUCCAGGAUUUUGCCGUUUUCUUGGUGACUUUUAUUUUCCCUGUUUCCUCCCUUUUAGGCCAACCUUUCAAGGAGGUCAUUUGGCCAGAGGUAUAGCUCUGCCAUUCUCCUGCAUUCCCAUAUUCAGACUGAUUGCCUUUUCCAAGUGCAUUCAAUAGACUUCUACACUCUUGGCUUUGAUUCUCCCUUUCUUCCAUCAACUCCCACAAAAGAGGCAAGGCUAAGCUAUUCAACCGUUCUCCCUCACCAAGUGUUUGAAGCAAGGGGGAGAGCUCCAAGAACUAUGGAGUGGACCCCAGAAAGCCCUCAGUGUUGGGGGGAGGCCGUUCUAAAAGCCCCUCUGAUUUUCUGCCACUCCACUCAUAGAGGUAGUUUUCAAUGGAUGACAAGAAGCUCCAUGCCAAGGGUCUCCCCCUUUGACCUCUACAUUGUAAUACCUUGUCAGAUUGCCGGUUUAGAUUGGUGGAUUCAUACAGGAUACCUGAGUCUAGCCAGAACACCUGACCAUGGUUCUGGAACUUUUCAUGUAGAGAUAGGUGGGUGUGGACCCAACUUCCGUGGUCGCCAUUAAAAACCUCACAUGCUCACUGAGUAUGUAAGACUUCAGAGAUGUUUCUGUCUUUUAUUCUCCUUUCUCAUUGUCCAAGGAGGAGCAACUCUUUCACCCUUGGUCCUUUGUUCUUUUUGAUCUCUUUAAAUGGGGGGUCGGGAGGGGCCAUGCUAUUAAAAUGGUGAGCAUGGAAGAAUAAUGAAACUAAUUUUUAAUAGAUUAAAGAACGACUAGAGUACUUUGAGCUCUUUUUAGCAAUACAUAUAAUGCUUUAAAAGGUCACUCUUACCUACUCAAUAUUUAUUAAGAUACAUGGGGGUUUUAUAUACCUAUUUCGUAGCUAUUCUUUUUCUGAAAAAUCAGUGUUUCCCAGCCUAAUUAGUUAUCCUUGCCAAAUGAACUAUGCAAAUAAAAUGUAUUAUCUCACUGGCUUGCUUCCAUUCCUCGUUGAAUGGAUGGGAGAGUUAAAGAGCAAAAGAUUGAAUUAGGGGGUUGGUUGGAAUACCAACUGCCCAUGGAUGCUCAGAUUGGUUGGGUAUCACUGAUCCUUGGAAAUAUGGUUGGCAGGCUAAUACACUUAGGCUAAUUGAAGGGGCCUUAGAGGCCAUCAAAUGCAACUCACCCACUUGUAAAGAUGAGGAAACUAAGGCCUCAAGAGGUAAAAGGACUUGUCUGAGGUCAUGCAGAUAGUAAGCAACCUGAGCUGGGGUGAUCAUAGUAGUAGUAGUAAUAAUAAUAAUAAUAACUGCUAGCUUUUAUGUAGCACUUUAAGGUUUGAAAAUGUUUUAUGAAUAUCUCAUUUAUCCUCAUGAUAACCAAUGACGGGAGGUAGAUAUAGUUACUAUUCUCGAUUUAUAGUUGAUGAAACUGAGUCAGAUGGAGGCUAAAUGACUUGUUUUCAUAUCUGAGACUGGAUUUGAACUCAGAUCAUUCUGGCUCCAAGAUCAGCAUCAUAACCAUUGUACUACCCAGAAUCAGUGUAGGGAUCUCCUAAUGUAAGCUUCAUUAACCUAUACCAGGCACUAGGAAUACCAAGAUCAAAAAAAGAUUCGUCCUGUCCCCGAGAAGAUCUUCCACCAGAGAAGAUCCCCAACUGAUCCUGUAUAUGCUUUGUUUGUAGGUAGCUGUUGACAAGCUGCCCACCCUCCCCAUUAGGCUGUAGGGUCUCUGUGGGCAGGGGCGCAGCUAUUGUACCCUCAGCUCUUAGCACAAAGUAAAUGUUUAAUAAAUGCUUUUUCUUGACUGACUUGGAGAGGUGGGAGCCUAUGUGAACAGAAUGUUAUAUACACUGUCAACGAUGGUUCCCGAGUCCCUUGACCUUUUUGCAAGGAAGAUUCACUGAAUGGAGAGUUGGAGGUGUAUUUGGGAAAGUCUGUGAUGGAAACACCCAAGGCACCAAUAAAGCCAAUUGGAAAAUAAAA